AUGAGUUUAUUUGAAAGCAUCAGGGACUGUCUUUCAAGACUUUGCCAUGGUGAAGAGGAUCACGUAUUAAGUAAAUUCUUCACCAAACUAUAUCAUGCAGAUGAGAAUGUGGCUGUUAGUGACAAAGACUACAAACUGAACUUACAAGAUAACACUUAUUUUGUUAUAUACACUCGUGUUACAAAAGAGACAGAAACUGAGGAUCAUGCUCCAAAACCAUUGUUUGAUUCAGUCAAUGAAGAAAUAUUCAUGGAGAGACCUACCUAUGCAAAGUUCAUUUCACUAUUAGACAAUUACAAUCCUCAAGUCGGUGUCUCUGAAGUUGUUACAAAACAAAAACUUGAAGAAGAAGAAGAAUUUAUCCAGGAAAAAAUAUCUGGAGAUCUAGCUAGUUUUGGAGAAUUUUUAAAGGAUUUAUGGUUUAAAAGAUAUAAGAGAAGAAACCUUGGCGAUUCAUCCGCUUUUGAACAUGUGUUUGUUGGUGAACACCAACGAUCCAAGGUACUUGGAAUGCAUAACUGGAUUCAGUUUUAUCAACAAGAAAAGAAAAACGAGAUAAAUUACUAUGGAUGGAGAAAAACCAUGAAGAACCAGUAUCAUUUCUGCUCUCCACAAUAG